UGUUGAAAUGAUGUUGAAAUUAUCUUAUACUCGAAUCAACUAAAUUCGUUAAGUCGAAAGUCCACAAAUUACCAAAUGAUGUACGGAUUACAAAACUAUUUCAAGAGUAUAAUAAAUGCGAAGCAAAUAAGGGCAUUAUUGUGGAAAGACUUUCUAGUUCGGAUACGACAACCAUGGAUGACUCUAUUGCAGUACAUGUGGCCACUUAUUAUAUUCUUAGCGCUAUAUUCUUUGCGAUUCAAAUAUGUCAGUGAGAUCGUCGAAGAUUGUCAAUUUCCCACCAGACAGCUGCCCAGUAAAUACCAAAUGUUACCAUUUGUCCAAUCAUACAUCUGUACAAUAGACAAUAAGUGCAUGAAUGCAACGGAAUAUAAGGAAACAUCCAAAUUUGAAAAUGCGCCAAUGACACCCUUACUGAAUAUUGUGCAGAUAUUUAUCAAUGAACCAAUACUAAUGGAAGCUGUGAUCAAUCUACCGCAAGAGAGAAACUUUAUGGGAGCAGUAGCGAAAAUUUACACGCACAAAAAGUUCAAAAAUUUACAGCACAAUAUAAACAUAAUUAAAGAUAAGGUGCCAAUGUUUAUGGAGUUAAUUGGAACUAGUUUCGACAUCAAAAAGUUGUGGUCAGACGAUUCAACAUUAACAUCAGCUGGCAAAAUAUUGUGUGGCAAACGAUUUGAAAUUGGGAUUGAUAAGAGUAGAAUAGUUCAACGAAUUUUUUCUAACACAGACGACAGUUUCAAUCAAGAUGAAGUUGAUUCAAUGCCAACGCCUUAUUGCAAACAGUUGUAUCGAGAUGUGGCAAAUUCAACUACUGGUAAAAUGACUUGGAGUCAAGUUAAGCCUAUUAUUCAAGGAAAAAUUGUCUAUGGACCGGGUAAUUCAGUAACAGAUGAAAUAAUGUCAAGGGCAACCGCUUUAUUUGAAGAUGUAACAAAGUUGCAGCAUUUCAUUGGCGCCCUCAACGAAAUAGUCAUUUUACUGCGACGUGACGAUGAUUUUCAGUCGAAUUUUAAAAAGUUGCUUAGCUUGGCAAGAUCACCCUUCGUUCAAAACAUAAUCGGAGACAGUAUAGAUAUUGACAAAGUUGAACAGCUAUUUCAGUCACUACUAUUUGACGAUAAAAUUGCAUCGACCAUUCAAACAAUUGUCAACAUUUUGGAAUGUUUUUCAACUGAUCGCCUUGUGAGAGUUACAACUGAAGCGGAAAUGGAAAUACGAGCCUAUGAAUUGAGCGAGAAAAAAAUGUUUCACAGCGGCAUUUAUUUCAUCAAUGUCAGCAGAGUUACGGAUAGAGAAUAUUCAUACAAAAUUCGCAUGGAUGUAGACAAUAUUCCAAUAACUUUGGAAAAUCGGAAUCGGUACUGGUUUCCGGGUCCGAGCUCCAACUUUCAGCUUGACAUGAAAUAUCAUCGUGGCUUCAUUCAAUUGCAGUAUUCUUUGGACCAAGCUAUCAUCAAGACAGUUCGUUAUCAUGAAACUGUUAGACUAAAUAAGGAAAGAGCAGAAAUGACAACUAUAAUGGCCGAUUACGAAUAUAGUACUGAUAAUUCAGCCGAAGCCAAUUCAACGGAAACAACGAUUGUCGUAGAAACAACGACGACGACGGAAUCGCCGCCAGCGGCUAAUGAGUCCGGAACGGAGCGGAAUAUUAACAUAUCAACAGUUAACAUUGAAACAUUUGAAGGAGUCAGUUCACAUUUCAAGGACGAUAGCAGCUCAAAUCAUGAGAGCGAACGCAUAUCCCGGCGAAAACGUACUGCUUUAGACAUUUUAGAUUUCAAUUUUGAUGAUUCAUCGGAAACUGAAUCGGAAUCAGAACCAGAGGAAUUUCACAUGGACGAAUUUGAGAUUUAUACCAAACAGUUUCCGUAUCCAAAGUACAGAAAAGACACGUACGUAACUUGGCUUUACUUAGCUCAAGCAAUCCAACUGGCCUUUUUUUUCGCUUUGAUCAUUCAAGUGUCAGCUUCGGUUCGUCAACGAAUUUGGACAAAGGAGAGCGGUAAUAGCACGCUGAUGAGAGUAAUGGGAUUGCGUAAAUCAUCUGAGUAUUUAUCGUGGAUUAUAACGAACCUGGUCGAGAUAUUUUUGGUUUUCACGCUCUGCCUUAUUGUGAUGUACAUUGGGGAGCUUGUAAUCGUAACGAAAGUAGUAUUCAUGUACUUCUUCUUAACUGUUUUCGGCAUUUGCUUGAUUUCUUUUUGUUACAUGGUUUCAACAUUUUUCUCGACUGCGACAAUCGGUGCUGUAUCAGGAGUUUUUAUGUUUUUUUCUGCAUUCCUUCCGUACAUCGUCAUUGUAGCCCAUGAUGCUCAACUAACUUUCGGAAGUAAAUUUUUAGCGAAUCUAUCGAUUUCGACCGCCUUUUGUUAUGCUUGGCGGCAUAUAAUGCGCUAUGAACUGCAACAGAUAGAUCUAUCAUUCGGUAAUGCGUUCACCGGAUCGAUAAGCAAUAACGACCUUAAAUUCGGCAUUUUUAUGUUAAUAUUCGAUACUGUACUGUAUGCGAUUAUUGGUUAUUUGUACGAACGUUUCACUUAUUCCGAUUUUAAAUUUUACAAUGUGCCGGUUAAAGAUAUGGACAGUAGCAUUGGUGGGUUUAUGAGAAAUGUCACAAAGACAUACGGUGAAACUAAACCGGCAAUAAACAAUGUAUCAAUUGUGUUUCGUCGUGACCAUGUGACGUGUUUGUUGGGUCGAAAUGGUGCUGGUAAAAGUACGAUUAUAAAGUUACUGACAGGACAGAUAAAAAAAACUUCCGGUGAAAUAUACUUGCCACAGAACUUGGAUCGGAUAUCCGGAAAUGAGAGCAAGGAACGGGUUGGUCUAUGUCCACAAAAUAAUGUUCUUAUACCGAACCUUACGGCGAAAGAACAUUUGGAAUUAUAUGCCAGCAUAAAAGUGCAUGAUCAUUACAGUGCCGGAUUGAAGGAAACGAUGAAAAGUUUAGAUUUCGGAAAACAUGAUAAUUUCAAAUGUGAUAACCUUUCUGGAGGAUUUAAGAGGCGACUAAAUAUUGCUAUCGCUUUUAUUGGAGCGCCGAAUCUCGUCAUUCUGGAUGAACCUUGCAGUGGUGUUGAUGCUAAAGCAAGGAAAGAGAUAUGGCGAUUGAUUGGUGAUUUAAGAAAAGGUCGAGCAGUAAUAUUGGCAACACAUUACCUUGAUGAAGCGGAAAACCUGAGUGACAAUGUCUUGAUUCUAAAAGACGGGGAAGUUAUAUCGGAAAACACAUCAGAAACAUUAAAAAACCAAUUCACCAAAUCGUUUGACAUUCAAAUCAAACUUAGCGCCAAGGCGGAUCACCAAAAAACUGUUGAAGCGAUUAAAAAGGAUUUGGAAAAGCAUGCACCCAGCUUCAAUAUCACCCAACAGACCAAUAACGACUAUUACAUAAACAUACCGUAUUUCGAUGCGAAUAACGAAUAUAUCGAUUUCGAGCCAUUGAUUAAGUCCAUCGAAAUACAACAAAAACAACAAAACAUAUUGCGUUUCCGUGUAAUUAGUAAAGAUCUCGUUGAAAUUUUUAACAAUUUAUCUACCAAAGCCGAGUUGGAAACAUUCACUUCCAACGGAAAUGAUCAAAAUUCGAUCGCCAAUUGCGAAGAAUUGGAUAAGCCAGCGCAGGCAACGGAAAAUGAACAGUUGUACAAUGCAAAGAACUUGCUUUGGAAGCGCUUCACCCACUUUAAACGAAACUAUCGUAUGAUCUUGCUCAUCUUGGUUUUGCCAGCAAUUUUUGAAGCCCUCGCAAUGACAUGCAUGAUAUAUCGACCACCUGGCGAAUUUGAUUCGGAACUGGUUUUGUCUCAGCAGCUGUACGCAAAUUCCAUUGAAUUUUAUACGUACCAAAAUAUGAAUAAAUUUGACAAUAAAACGCGAAAACAUUUGAAGUGUAUGGAUAAAUGUGAAUACUUCAGUUCGUCGGAGCGAGCCUUUUAUUGGAUUUUGGAGACGCACGACGAUUUUAUUGAACGCCGAUACGGCGGCAUUACGCUGAACGAUUCGACACUGGCUGUGUGGUAUAAUAAUAAAGGAUACCAUGCAAUGCCAAUUUAUUUGAACGAACUAAAUUCGGCUCUGUUUAAGUCGGAGAUGGACAAUGAUUUGUACAAAAUAACAACAUCGAGUCACCCGUUAAAGCUAGGAAGGAAAGAUUUGAGCGUUUCUUCAAUAUUGCAGCAAGUGGCUGAUGCUGGAAUUUCUAUCGUUUUGGUUAUAUCUUUCAGUUUGGUGGUAGCAGCAUCGUCCGUGUACAUUGUGAACGAGCGAGUUUGUGGUGAAAAACUACAGCAACGACUGUGUAACGUUACAUUUCGAACAUAUUGGGGAGUGUCGUUUUUGUGGGAUUUUUCACUCUAUUUUAUUGCAUUGCUGAUAGCAAUGGGAAUUUUUAAGGCGUACGGCAUUCCCAUUUACACAGCUAGAGACAAUCUUUAUGGCAUUUGUCUGUUGAUAUUUAUGUUCGGAUUUGCAAUGAUUCCUAUGGUGCAUUUGGCUGAAAAAUUGUUUUACGAUGCGAGCAUGGCAAAUAUGUAUAUAUUGUGCCUGAACAUAAUCAUUUCGUUGGCAACUGCUAUAGUGAUAGUGCUCUUCGAUGUUUUAGGAGAAUCUGAUGAAUCGGAAAGAAUAAGAAACUUCCUGAACAGACUGUUUUUGAUUUUCCCUCAACAUGCAUUCGCAGACGGAUUAAUCGAAAUUUGCAAGAAUCAUGUCAUAGCUGAUAUUUUUUCCCGAUUUUACAUACACAUCUACAAAUCUCCAAUAUCCAGCACCUUGUUAUUGCCUCAAGUAUUGUCGUCAUUGAUUUUCGGACUUGUAUUUAUGGCUCUGAAUUAUUUAAUUGAAAGUGGCAAUAUGUAUCAGCUUGUGCAUCGAAUACAACAAUUCCGAAAAAAAUUGGACGAUAAAAGUCAACUGCUAACUGUCGUUUCUAACAAUCAAGCGACAACUGAAGAUAAAAAUGAUUUGCAAAGACAAGACAAUGUAUUGGUGGUAGAGAAUUUGUGUAAAACUUACAAAAGCUAUCAUAAAGCACUUGACAAUGUUUCAUUCAAUAUUGCCAGCGGUGAGUGUUUUGGAUUACUCGGUGUAAAUGGAGCAGGAAAAUCUACAAUAUUUUCGAUAUUAUCGGGUCAGAUUUACCAGUCGUCGGGAUCCGUACAACUUCUAGAAAAAAAUAGAAUUUCUUACUGUCCACAAACAAAUGCUCUGGAUGGUCUAUUGACUGUUCAAGAAGUCAUUCACUUUUAUGGACGAAUGCGGAAAAUACCAAACGUUGAACAUCUAACAACAAAAACAUUGAAAUCGUUCCAUUUGGAGCAGUACAGAAACAUUUUGGUGAAAAAUUUAAGUGGUGGCAAUCGUCGAAAACUCAGUGUAGCUGUAACUUGUUUCGGAGAUACUGGACUCGUGCUGAUGGAUGAGCCGACCAGCGACAUGGAUCCGGUCACCAGAGCCUUAGUGUACAAAACAAUCAAUUCUCUUAUCGCCGCUAAGCGUUCGAUAAUACUAACAUCCCAUACAAUUAGCGAAAUCGAACAGGUGUGCCAUCGUAUCGGUGUGAUGCGAGAAGGUAAAAUGAUUACAAUCGAUUCACCAGCGGCAUUGAAACAAAGAUUCGGUCAAAGUUAUGUUGUGACGUUGUACUACGAUCAAAUUGAAUCGUUGACCAUUGAGCGAUACUUAUUGAAGAAUCUGGCAGGCGUGAAAAAUCUCACCAUUCACAACAAUUGUCUGCAGUUUAGCAUAAACGUUAAAACUAGCCAAUGUGAGAAUUCUAGUGGUGCGAACGUUGAAAAUCGAAUAUUGCUCAGUGAUCUCUUUCGCAAACUUUAUGUUUUCACUCUAGAACGAAGAGUUGCAUACACAAUAUCUGAAUGUUUGCUGGAUCAGGUAUUCCAACAAAUCCUUGAAACCGAGGGCAACCAUUCCUAUAGUAAUCCAGCAUUCGCUUUUAGUGAAACUAAAUUGGAAUAGUUUUGUGAAAACAAUUACCUUACCACAAACGAUUUCUGUAAAAAAAUUUAGUUGAACAACUCUGGCAGGCGAUGCACAUGUAAUAUGAACUGUACGUCUCAAUAAAAAAAGUACUUCCGA